AUGGUUAAAGUGAAUAAAAAGAAGGUAAUAAACAAAAAUGGAACAUUCAAAAACGGAACGCUUAACAAUAAAUUGAAUAAAGUAGAUAAUAAAAAAUUGGAUUUGGCCUACGGGUUUGAAGCAAAAAGUUCAACCAAAGUUCAGGAAGAAAAAAAUGAUUACAACAAAAAGUUGAUUGAGAAUGGAAUGAAUAAUAUAUGUAGAGUAAUAGUUCUAGAUUGGCUUAUAGGGGUACAUAGAAAGUUUCAAUUCAGACCAGCAACCAUUCACAUUGGAAUAACCCUAUUUGAUAGAUUUAUCAGACUUAAUGACAAAAAUGGGUUAAUAAACUGCGAUAAUCUCCAAUUGGUUGGUGCAACAUGUCUUCACAUUGCAUCAAAAUAUGAAGAUAUGAAUCCCGCAGUUCUAUUAGACUACUGUAUAAUGAGCAACUCAGAAUUCAAUCCUAAAGAUAUGAUAAACAUGGAAGUUGAAAUACUAAAUACCUUACAAUUCAAAAUAGCAGACAAAGCCACGCUUAUUGAUUAUUUGGACUCAUUCUUUGAUUCUGGAGUUUUGAAAGGGGUAAAUAAGAAUAGAUUGCCAAAAUAUUUCUAUUCGAGUGCCUUAUAUAUAUCAGAACUGUCAUUACUCCACCAAGCAAUGGUACUUUAUCCUCCAAGAGUACUUUCUACAUCUAUAUUACUGCUUCUCUGUCUAUUAUUUGAAAAGGAUGAGUCCGAAAAAAGUAAUUUAUCAAUAUUAAAAGACUUAAAAUAUUCAUUAAAAAGGUUUUCGAAAAUUAAUAGUAUCACCAAGGAAAUUAGAAUGUGCAUAAAAAGCUUAAUAGGAAUAAUUAAAGAACAAUUUUUUUUGGAAAUAAAAAUCAAAGAAGGGCUUGAAAAUUCAAUUUUAAAAGAUAAUCCAGAAGAAGGAAUACCCUUUAUAUACUUAAAGGAUUUGACAAAUAAGUGGAGAAAUGCGUAUACAAACUUAUACAAAAAGAUUACGAGCUUAAGAACCUGA